AUGGCAGUAACGGCAACUACUGCAGAACCAUUCAUCGUUCGACCUCCACCUCGAUCAUCUUCACUACGGCGACCUUCAUCAAACAAUAACAACAAUGGUAGCACUACCAAUGCAACUUUGACGACGACGACGACGACGACUACAGCAGCUCCUCGCGCCGGAUGGUUAUCUAAACUAUCGUCUACUUAUGCCAUUGGAAACAAACAACGAUGGCAAGCUCGUUUCUUUGUGCUCUUGGACAAGGAACUACGAUAUUAUAAAAAUGAGCAUACACAGUCGCCUUCAUGUGUGAUAGACCUGCGUAAUACAUGCCAGCCUGUUAUAAUCACCUCUUCACUCGGCCGUCCUCAUUGUUUUCGACUCGAGCCAAUCACCCGUAGUAGCGGAGGACAGCAGCAAAGCAACGACAGCUCUAGUAGUCGACCAUUAACAAUUGCAUGUCAAUCAGCUCUAGAGCUUUCAAGCUGGGUUGCGGGAAUUGGAUCAAUCAUAAAGCAACAGGAGCAGCAACAGCAACGGUUAAAACGAGCAAUGACUUCUUGUCAGGUGGAGCAUCAAGAGAUGUUAUAUUUACCACAAGUGCAUCCUCGUCAUCAUCAACAAAGGCGACGAGCAGCAACAAUAACAACGUCAACUGACGAUGAUAUUGAUGAAGAAGAAAUCUCAAUAAAAGCAACAACAACAACAGCAGCAGCAACAGUAGAAGGAGAAGAUUCAAUAUCUCGACGACGAGGCGUAUGGUUACCUCCACUGAUGGUACACCCACUGGAUGACAUUCCAACAACUGUCAUGACAAGGUCAUCUCUGGCGCUAUCAGAUUCGAGCGAAGAGGGAGACGAUCUUCUUAAACAAGUCAAGGUCGCAUACCACGUUACUACUGCUACUGAUCAACAGGAGCAACAACGACAAUGCCGAUAUAACAGCGCUAGCGCUACUGAAGAAGAUGAUGACAACGACGACGACGACGACGAAAGGUCUUCUAGCACAGAUAAUGAUAGCGCUUGCGCAGUUAUGGAACGAGGGCGGAAACUUUCGAGCUAUUCGCCUACAUUUCUCCUUUACCAGGAACGUUUCCGGCUCUUAAAAAAUUAAUUAAUGUACAUAUUCCCUCUUCUCGUCAGACUUCUUUUGUGUUAUUAUUUUCUUAGAUCAAUUUUUUUGUAAUAUCACCACUUUUUCCAUCACCAUUCUUUCGCCAGUUCUUUCCCCUAUUAUCUUGCAUACACACGCA